GCCCGCGUUAUGGCCCGGCGUCGAGAGUGCGAGACUUAGCGACUGCUGUUAAUCUCGCCCGUUUCCUCUGGCGUAUACUUCAUCCCCGGGCACGGAGACUUAACAGCGGAGUCGCACAGUCCGACGACUAUACGAUAACUAGACGCCCAUGCGUAGCAACGACCGCCAUCUUGAAGCUCCCCUUCGGUAUAUACAAGACAGCGGUACAUGUCAGGAUGAUUCGCGGCAGUGUAAGCGCUUUCGUUUCCCGCGUAAUGCCAGCCACGCUUAGGAAAGCGCGAAAAUGGGUGCGCGAUUCUUGAGCGAGCGAUUCGCUUAUUGCCAGAAAAAAAGAAAGAGAAGAAGUAACUAGAGGAAAUGUGCGUUCUGCCUCGUGCUUGGAUUGUGCUCCUGAGCUACCUAUACGUUUCGAUUGAUUUGCUCGGAGGCAAUGGCGCGUCGACGAGAGGACACCUGCUCGGAGGAUGGACCGUACAGAACGCCAGUGGUAAUCCCAAGUAUCUUCAACUGGCCCAUGCGGUGAUUUCGAAUCAAACGAAGGCCCACGACUACUACGAUACUGUGCUCAACCUGACAGCUGUCGAAACGCAGGUCGUUGCAGGAGUGAAUUACAAACUAAACUUCACCACCGCAAAAUCGAUUUGCAAAACUGAGGUCUACAGCAUGGAGUGCUGUCCGCCGAAAGUGAACGAGGCCGAACGGAAUUGCACCGCGGUCGUUUACGAAGUUCCCUGGCUAAACCAAACUUCCAUUACGCGUUUCGAAUGCGAACCCCCGAUGUUGGCAGCUGAAAAGUGCUGACAUGCGAAGGAGGUAAUCAUCGAGAUCCAGUCCAACCGUCAAGAGCGCGUCCACGUCUUUUGUAGGAUCAAAAUAAAUUAUUUGCCUGCGC